AUGAACUAUGCUCUUUCCGCCUUGGAUAUGUUUGCCGUCGCGUUUGGAAGUUGGCGUACUGGCCUUUCUACUCCGAGCAGUGACAUGGAUUUUGUUGCGAUGCAGCGAAGCUCCAUAAUGCCUCCAGGAAGUGGCUCGAGUGCCGUGUGUCAUAAGCGGGGCGACAAGGUUACUGAGAGCCAAUUGCUUGAGCCCUCCCUCUUGGACCCUGUCAAUACCUCCAGUAUGUCGAGACGGGAGCGUAGCAGGCGCUUCUCAGGGGCGCUGCGUCUUGUUGGCACCCACUUGCGCUCCUCUGCUGCCUUCUGUUCCGUCCAGGGCAUUCCCCGUGCCAAAGUGCCCAUUGUGAAGGCGCUCCACCGAGGUGGAAAGAGAGUGGAUGUUUCCUUCCUAAUGGAUGGGGUGAAGUCCACUCAGUUUCUUUGCGAGGAGUUCAAAAAACCACAAUUUUCGCUUGCGCGCGGCAUUAUCAUUCUGGUGAAGGCCCUCGUGGCAAGCUGGUCUCUUGGCGACCCAAGCGUUGGUGGCCUCGGUUCGUUUCCCAUAUCUAUCAUGGUGCUGUGGUUCCUCCACGCGGAGGCGGCGCGGCGCUGCCCGCCGGAAUUCCGCAAGAGCUACGCCGUGUGCCUCGUGAAAUUCCUCAAGUACUACGCGCGGGAGUUUGACUACCGUCGCACCGCUAUUGACUACGCCAACAAGCGAUUGCCCGGAAAGGAGCCGACGGCAGAGCUGUGCAUCAUUAACCCGCUGAAUCCAGGCUCCAACUGCGCCGCGGCCGCAACACUUUUUGGCUCUCGUGUUGUGCCCAAAUUUGACGAAGCGUACACACUUUUUUCGAGGCUUGUUUAUACUUUGGAUGACGCCGCCGUGGACAAGGCGUUGCUGGAUACCUUUGGCGGACUCAUUGGGCAUACUAGGGUCCAAUGCGCACAAUUGCUGGGCCUGGAGAAGGAGCGGCAGCUGCAUGGGGAGGAGGCUGGCCCCCAGCAUCGGUGGGAAACUGCGACAUCGCUUUACGCUGGUGACCCCCUUGGAGAUGUGUGA